GGCGCGGGCUGCCCGCCAUGGAGCGCUGAGCGUCCGCGCCGCCGGCCCGCCGCGCCAUGGAGGCGGUGCAGCUGCGCCACCCGCGCCGGCAGCUAAAGAAGCUAGAUGAAGACAGUUUGACCAAACAACCUGAAGAAGUAUUUGAUGUAUUGGAGAAGCUUGGAGAAGGUUCCUAUGGCAGUGUGUUUAAAGCUAUUCAUAAAGAAACGGGUCAAGUUGUUGCAAUUAAACAAGUUCCUGUGGAAUCUGACUUGCAGGAGAUAAUAAAGGAAAUAUCCAUAAUGCAGCAAUGUGACAGUCCUCACGUGGUCAAAUAUUAUGGCAGCUAUUUUAAGAACACAGACCUGUGGAUAGUCAUGGAAUACUGCGGCGCUGGAUCAGUGUCUGAUAUUAUUCGAUUACGAAAUAAAACUCUCACAGAAGAGGAAAUUGCUACAAUAGUGCAAUCAACACUCAAAGGACUAGAGUACCUGCAUUUUAUGAGGAAAAUACACAGGGACAUCAAAGCUGGAAAUAUAUUACUAAAUACAGAAGGACAUGCUAAACUUGCAGAUUUUGGAGUGGCAGGACAGCUUACUGAUACCAUGGCAAAACGGAACACCGUUAUAGGGACCCCAUUUUGGAUGGCUCCAGAAGUGAUUCAGGAAAUUGGAUAUAACUGUGUUGCAGACAUCUGGUCUCUGGGAAUCACUGCAAUAGAAAUGGCUGAAGGCAAACCACCCUAUGCUGAUAUUCAUCCCAUGAGGGCAAUUUUCAUGAUUCCCACCAAUCCGCCACCAACAUUUCGGAAACCAGAACUCUGGUCGGACAGUUUCACGGACUUUGUAAAACAGUGUCUUGUGAAGAGCCCUGAGCAACGUGCCACUGCCACACAGCUUCUGCAGCAUCCAUUUGUGAAAAGUGCCAAAGGGGUGUCAAUUCUGCGAGAUUUGAUUAAUGAAGCAAUGGAUAUCAAGCUAAAACGUCAGGAAGCACAACAGCGUGAACUAGAUCAAGAUGAUGAGGAAAAUUCAGAAGAAGAUGAAACUGAUUCAGGUACCAUGGUGAGGGCAAGCGGAGAUGAAACUGGUACCAUAAGAGCUGUCAGUACGCUGAGUGGUGGCGCCAACACUAUGAUAGAACACGAUGGCACCUUGGAAUCACAGCUGGGUACAAUGGUGAUAAACACAGAAGAGGAAGAGGAAGAGGGCACCAUGAAAAGGAGGGAUGAAACGAUGCAGCCAGCCAAACCAUCGUUCCUUGAAUAUUUUGAGCAGAAGGAGAAGGAGAAUCAAAUCAAUAGCUUUGGGAAAAACGUGUCUGGCCAGACAAAAAAUUCAUCUGACUGGAAAGUACCACAGGAUGGAGACUACGAAUUUCUAAAGACGUGGAGCGUAGAUGAACUUCAGAGGAGGCUCUCAGCACUUGAUCCCAUGAUGGAGCAGGAGAUUGAAGAAAUCCGCCAGAAGUAUCAGUCAAAGCGGCAGCCCAUCCUCGAUGCCAUUGAAGCCAAGAAGCGGCGGCAGCAGAACUUUUGAGAGCUGCCGGUAGAACCUUCUUCCAUCCUUAAACAAUCAGCUCCUUGCUUUUAUGACUACUAAACAGAUUGAUUUCUAUUGAAAUAUGCUAGCAAAAUAGAGGGCAAUACUUCUGCUCGUUUAUUUUUCCAUAGCACCUUUGUGAACUCAGGAAUGCCAUUGAGUGGAAAAUCCUGAUGGUAUAUUUUAUGUUAAACAAAUAUUUAAAAUAUUGUUUUGAAGGAGUUUUGUUACUGUUUUUAGGUGGAUUGUUUUUAAAACAGAGGAACAGCUAGGGAUAGACUAAUGAAAGUUGGAUCACUUUUCAACAGAACUUUCAGUAGUCCAUUUUCUUUGUUUUAAGUUACUAUGAGUUGUGGUAUUUAAUCUUGUGAUUUUUUGUUUGUUUUCGUAAAGCACAUACUCAAUUUCAAGCUGUUAAUUCUAUCUUUCUACUGUUAAGGUACUGAUAAGUUUUAGGUCACUGAAGAAAGUAGGUGAAAACAUGCACAGGUUCCAGCCUUUUGAAAGAAACUUUUUUUUUUUUUUUUUGUUAAAGCCUGUAAUAAGCCCCAUGCCUUACACCAUGUGCUUUAAGCAAGUGUGAUUUCUUCAAGACUUCAGUUUUGUCCUUUUUUGUGUGGACUUUAUAAAUUAAUACUAGCAGAUAGUGUGUUGUGCCUCCAUCAGAAAUUAUAUUCUGUAAUUUAAUAUCAUAUUUACUUAAAACCAAAAGCCAGUCGAUGAUCUGACUUGUCCUUCAGUGAGACCCUGCUGACAGUGGAGUACUACAAGAAGUAUUGCAGUAUUAAAAGGGGUGGAAGUUCUGUGACCCUCUCUCAGGAAUUAGGUACUUCCACUCUGUGUACAAGAGGACUUAAAAAAAAAAAAAAAAAAAAAAAAAAAAAAAAAAAAAACUCCACAGUUAGUGAAUUAGUUCAUAGGCUUCAUCAUUUUAAAUUUACAUGGUUAGGUGCUUGAAUAAGAACUUAAUUUCACAAUCCUUCACAUUUCGACGAGGUUUAGCACAUCAGAAAAGUUAAACUGAAAAGAAACAUUUCUUAAGUCAACAAAGGUGUGUGUUACAGGGUGGAGUGAAGGUGGAGUUGAUUUCAGCUGCCAUCCUGUCUUUACCUGCCAGCAUAGUGAAAUUCAGCCUCUCCCAGUUUCUCUGGAUGCUCCCUGUGUUCUUCCUCUAUAAAACUCGUUGGCAUUUCUGCUUCAUAUAGUUGAAACGAUGAAAAUGGCCAUGAGUGUACAACUGGUGUGAGGCUGGUGCAGUUAACUCACCUGGGCAAAAGGGAGAGCAAUACAGAAGAAGCAAAUAAAUGAGCUGAGUUACAGGGAGGAGCGACCAAGUGAUGCCUGAGCCCUAUGGGCUGCAGCAGCAGUGUUACAUCUAAAAUUGCAACUCAACAUUAUGUAUCUAGCGCAUAAUGAAAUGUUUGGCGAGAGCAAAUACUGCUACCGCUUUAUUUUCAUUUUGUUCUUAUAGAGGGAACAGUUUCCAUGUCGUUCUUCUGAAAUGGGCCUUGGUACGUCAGCCAGAUAAUUAAACUAAAUAGCAGUAUCUCCUGAAUCAAAUGGUGCUAGAGAGGAAUAAGGUUCAUUUCACGCCUCUGUAGGCUCUUGACUACUAUUAACAGGUAUACUCCACUGAUGUGAAAGGAACCAAGACAUUUUUAUCCCCUCUGAGGAUCUGACUGCAUGAGUUUUUCUCUGAUAUGCAGUGCUGUUCCAUAGAUCAGCAAACCAGCUAUCCCUGAAAGAGAAGUAGUGUAACUAGGGUACUGAGGUAAGAAUACAUCCUGGGAUAAUCAGCUACCUGAUAGCCUCAAGUAUUGGGAAGGUUUUACAAGCACUUGCUUUCACAUUGCAAGCCAAGUUAUUAAAACGUUCUUUGUUGUUAGUAGACUACAAUCCCUUAGCUAUGAGAGUCCAGCAAUUAAAUGUGCUGUAAAGUCUAGUGAAGUGCCGUAUGAGCAACGGGACAUACACAGUACUUGUUUGGAAUCUGUGCAAUAUGUUUGACCCCAAACAUUUGUUUAUAAUGAGCAAUAUUUCUGAGAGCCCUUUGCAUCAAAGAAACUUGCAGAACUUAGGAGGGAGUUUUCUUUUCAAAUACUGAAUCAUGAAUUAGUCACUUGAAUGGAUCUCACCCAACCUGGCUUUGGCUGGAGGCAAGCUGGGUCCUGCUCCAGCUUUCCAUGCACUGUUUGAUGGCGAGACAGCCAGGCCAGGUGAAUCUCAGCCUUUAGAAUGAGCGUGCUUUUUUUUUUUUUUUUUUU